GCAAUUGCAGAGGUUUACAAGAAUGAGGGUAACGAUGAAUACAACAAAAAGAGUUUCAACAGCGCCAUUCACUUCUACACUGAAGGGAUUAAAGUAAACUGCAAAGAUGACGAUCUUAACGCCAAACUGUACAGUAACAGGGCAGCAGCACAUUUUAAUUUGGGUAAGACUUCUUAUAUAUUAGCUUUAAAAAAUCUCGCCUUUUGGUCUAUUAACUGGUUAGCAUCAUUAAAUAGUGCACGCAGAAACUUUCGAAGUAGUUAGUAGUUGCUAAGUAAGGCUAAUUGUUUCCUCUCCCCUUGCUCUGUUAAACCUAUCUGAGCUGUUACUCGGUGUGUUCUGUUUUUUUAUUUUUAUAGGCAAUUACUCUGAAACAGUGAAUGAUGCAAAAGUUGCCAUUGAAUUACAGCCACAUUUUCAGAAAGCUUUAGUGAGAGGUAAGAGUUAA